GUAAAACAGUGUGGGUCAACGCUGCUGCAUCCGUGCUACUGUAACAGUAACUGGGCUACACGACGCUAUAUUAUGGUUGAACACAUGUGCAGACUCAAAUCCAGCACCGCUGCCUUGGUGCUACACGUUUUCUUACUGCCUUGAAUGGCUGUUCGUGGAUAGAAAUAUGUUUGUGCUGUCAUAGCAGCGUGUGAGAGCUGCAGCACUCGCUGACAGCUGAGGGCGAUGCGAAUCAGCAUCGAGGCAAAAGCACAGCUGUAAUAAGGAGAGGGUGGGGGUGCAAUUCUGGAAGAUUCUACAGGAUUCAUACGAGUGGACCCCAUUUCAUUCGUUUAUUGUGGGGACUGAUAGUCCGAGCUGGCUGGUUAGCCUUCCCUGUCAAAGCCACACCGCACACACUCAGUGGUGGGGGACUAAAGGUUUUAGGAUCCAAUGUCUGGAAUAGACUGAAACCUUUACAUCACCUCAACAAUGUCAAAGCGACCAUCCUAUGCCCCUCCACCCCCUCCAGCCCCCACGACUCAAAUGCCCAACACUACCGGGUUUGUGGGGUAUAACCCAUACAGCCAUCUGGCCUACAACAACUACAGACUGGGAGGGAGCCAAAGCAGCAACAGUCGGGUAACGAAUUCCUCUGGAAUAAAUAUUCCAAAGCCACCCAAGCCACCUGACAAGCCACUGAUGCCGUAUAUGAGAUAUAGUCGAAAGGUUUGGGAUCAAGUAAAAGCCUCCAAUCCUGAUCUGAAGCUAUGGGAAAUUGGGAAGAUAAUCGGUGGCAUGUGGAGGGACCUCACUGAUGAGGAGAAACAGGAUUAUUUGAAUGACUACGAAGCAGAGAAGAUUGAGUAUAAUGAGAGCAUGAAGGCCUAUCACAACUCGCCCGCCUACCUGGCCUACGUCAAUGCAAAAAGCCGGGCCGAGGCAGCGCUGGAAGAGGAGAGUCGUCAGAGGCAGUCCAGACUGGACAAGGGUGAGCCUUACAUGAGUAUCCAGCCAGCAGAGGAUCCAGAUGAUUACGACGACGGGUUUUCUAUAAAGCACUCGGCCGCGGCUCGUUUCCAGCGCAACCACCGCCUGAUCAGCGAGAUCCUCAGCGAGAGCGUCGUCCCAGACGUGCGGUCCGUCGUCACCACCGCUCGAAUGCAGGUCCUCAAGCGCCAGGUCCAGUCUCUGAUGGUGCAUCAGAGAAAAUUGGAGGCAGAGUUGCUUCAGAUUGAAGACCGCCACCAGGACAAGAAAAGAAAAUUCAUCGAGGCCACAGAGUCGUUCACAAAUGAGCUUAAAAGGCUGUGCUGCAUGAAGGUGGAAGUGGACAUGGAGAAGAUUUCUGCAGAGAUCGCUGCAGCAGAAGAGGCUGCCCGCAAACGGCUGGCAGAACGUGAGAAAGACGCAGGAGAACGAGGUGCAAGAGAGGCCCCCACCUGUGUGUUGGCAGAGGAAGAAAAGCACAUUUGUGCAACACAUGGCAACAAGUCCCAGCAAAAUCCCCUCAGUGAAAGCAGCAACAAGGAGGGCGAGGACACGGAGCCCAGCGCCACAGAUAAACCAGCGAAGACAAAGGCCUCAGAGGAGCUCGACGCCCAUCCAGGUAGCGAGGAGGGGGCGUCGGAGGACAAGGAGAGCGUCCCAGAGGGGGCCAUGGAGGAGGGAACGAGCGACAGCAACACGGGCUCGGAGACCACCUCCGCUCAGACCGAAGAUGCCGCGACCAGUGAGCCACCAGAGGGGCCCAGCAGGGCGAGAGCGGCCCACUGAGUCCAACACCACACUGUCUGCGGAGUGCAGGGUUGACCUUUGCGUCCGCCGGCCACUGAUUCGACCCUCCGAUUUCAGAUAUUGCAUAGUUUAUCAUCGCAGUUUGUCAAAGCGUGCGAAGAGCUUGCAGACGAGCUCGGGGUUUAACAAACCUGAGGCGGGGAUGACGUUUUAGUAGAGUUUGAACACCGAGGCUCACAGACAGGAGCCGAACACACACAAAAAAAAACAAACAAAAAAAAAACAAAAAAACUUAAAGCCGACAAAGCAAUGAUCCUGUCUAAAAUCAAUGGCUGCUAACGCUAACGUGUGCCACAAAAGCCCAUGUGAAAGCACUAUAUUUUCUCCACAGGCCGUAGAGCCAUUUGGAAGAAGAAUCCAUGCAGGCCCUCUUCAGCACAUAACGAUACAUAUCUCUAGCACUAUGGCAGAUCCCAGAUUGAAGAAAAAAAUGUUAAAACAAACAUUACUCAGUGUUAUAUUUAACUUUGUCCUUAUUGUAUUGUAGUGUCAUUGUUGCUUUUUAUUGUUAUUUUUGCAUGUUGCAAUUUUCUAAAAAUAAGUUUGUGAAGAGUGGAGCUAGGUGACCAUCUCCUUGCCAGGAGAAUAUUUGUUUACUUUCUGUAUCAGUAUUACAGUGGCAGUAUUGUCUCAGGAGUUAGUCAUUAGUAGUAGUUAUUUUUGUUAUUUAUUAUCAGCAUUUUUAUUAUACUUGUGUAUUGGGUGCCCUGGGCCCGGCCCAGUCCAUCCGUGGGUACAUCAUCAUCAGUGUCAUCGUCAUCAUCAAUGCUGUACAAUGCUCAACUACCAGUGUUCUCAAGUAUGCUAGCUGUCAAUCAAAUCAAAAGCAGUACGCUUAGAACAUUACUGUGUUAUGAUCAAUAUAGCCGUUUUGAGCAGGAAAACUUUUAAAUGUACCGUAAUUGUGUACGCAGUGUAACGAGGUUUGCUUUAACAUGGAUUUUCAUGUUGUCGUAAAACAGCUUGAAGAACAGUCAUAAACAUGCAGUCUUAAAUGAAUUUCCUUUUGCAUAUUUAUACCAAUAAAUUUUUCUACCCUCGAAUAAUUUCA